AUGCUAUUCAUUAAACUUGUGGCUUUGUUUCCGUUCGUCAGUUUAUUGGUUCUACUCUCUGCAACACAUGAGGAUGUGUUCUUGAGCUUCAGAGGCAAAGAAAUCCGCAAUGGUUUUGCGCGUCACCUCCACAACGCUCUGGAAGAGGCAGGGAUUCCCACUUUCUUUGAUGAGUUUGGGAUUCAGAGAGGGGAAGAUAUUUGCUUGGAAAUAGAAAGAGCAAUAAACGAAUCGAGAAUGUCCAUAAUCUUGUUUUCUAAACUUUAUGCUACUUCAACAUACUGCCUCGAUGAGGUUGCAAUGAUUAUGGAGCGAAUGAGAAUUGGUAUGAAUUAUGUGGUGCCCAUUUUCUACAAGGUGAGUCCAUUUGAAGUCGGGAAGCAGACAGGGAGGUAUGGUCAAGCGUUUGCUGAGCAUGAAAAGCAAUUCAAAAAUGAGAUCCAUAAAGUAGAGAAAUGGAGGGCAGCUCUUAGAGAAGUUACAGAUAUAAGCGGAAUGGUUUUCAAAGACGGGUGGUCUGAGGUAGAAUUUAUUGAAGAAAUAGUUGAAGAUACUCGAUAUAUACUGAACUAUAUGGUCCAAGUUUUUGAAAUUGAACUGAACAACACAGUUAGGAAUGAUGCUACCUAUUUUAUUUGGGAUAGAUUCUUGGUUAUCAAACUCAUGGUUUUCUUGCUAUUCAUUGUUCUAUCGUUGGUCUUUAUUUUCGGAGUUUCUCCGUUUGGAACUACAGACCAUGCAUUCGUGAGUAUUGGAGGAACAGACACGGAAGGAUUUACUUCUGACCUCAAUGAAGCUUUAAGGCAAUCAAGGAUUCGCACUUACAGAGACCAUAAUGGGAUUAAGAGAUCGGAAAAUAGCUGGUUAAGAAUCCGAAAUGCAAUUUACAUUUCAAAAUUAUCAAUAAUAGUGUUCUCUAAGAAAUACCCUGCUUCAAAAUGGUGCCUGGAUGAGCUUUUAGUGAUCAUGGAACGUAAGAGAAAUGAUGAUGGGUACGUUGUGGUGCCAAUUUUUUAUGAUGUGGAUCGAUCGGAAGUUCAGAAGCAGACAGGGGCAUACGGGCAUGCAUUUGCUAAACAUGAAAACUACUUCAAGGCAGGUAUAGUGACGGAAUGGAGGGCAGCUCUUGCAGAAGCUGCAGACCAGCCUGAAGAAAUGACUUUACGAGACAGGCACUACUAUCCAGUGGAAGAAGAAUCAUCAAAGAGGUAUGGUCGACAAUGUGUUCAAGAUAUUUCUAAAAGGAUUGGAAAAAUCCUGAAGCGUAAUUCUCUCUACGGAAGAGUUUCCUACGCGUUAGAGAAACUUUUGAACAACACAAUGGGUUAG